AUGACUUUUGUGGGUGAGUUGGCAGAGGCGCAGACCAGUUUUGGCUGUGACAUUCCCCGCGCGGAGGAAUGUAUUGCGCGCCUGCAGGCGCAGUACGAUUCUGUGAUCAGUCAGCAGCCCCGACAAGACGUCGAUCAACUUGAGAUUCUCUGUCUAGGAACAAUCAAAGGUAACCGACUGACGGAAUGCGUCUUGGAAGCCACGCAGACGUGUGAUUGGACACAGCCCUGGGUUGCCGGGCAACAGUGGGAGGAACUUCACAGAGACAUCCAAGCGUUGUGCGAGACAGUAUGCCCAGGAUACCCGGAGAGGAUCCGGAACGCCUCAUUAUGUGCCCACGGGAUACAGUUUGAGGAUGCCGAUAGGGGACAUUUCAACUCCUUCUGCAGAUCGUUAUCCAGUUCUAUGCACUGCGCUCGACGGAUGGAGAUGGGUUGUUCCUUCUCCAUGACAAGGUUUCUCACCGAACUGCUGCCCCCAAACAUCGAUGGUAUGAGACAGGUCUGCGAAAAAGGCUGUAAUGACAUUGACCGCGUGAUGAACAAGGCCAGGAACUGUACGGCCACGUAUGACAUAGAGAGGGCCCCACGGUGGGGGAAUCAAUUACUAAGAUGUCGGUAUUACUUUGGUUUAAUGGACUGUUUACGUAGAGCAGAAGGAAUGGAAAGGUGUAUAAACCUGGAGGAGUUAUUCACCAGAGUAAAUUACAACUUUUCUUCAUAUGUUUACGAACAGAGACAAAUAUGUGGAGCUACAACAACAGGUUUGAGCAGAAUCCUUAUGUCAUUCCUGGUGGUUAUAUGUGGCGCCAUCUACACGAGAUAAAGUAGGAUCAGAAGGGGACGUAACUGCGUAUAUUCUCUUAUCUAAUCGUGUGGGUGCGAGCAAUACAUUCCGGCCAAUUCGGCCGUUGGCCAAUCGUAGGAAUUCCACCAAUUCUAUGCAGUUUGAAUAACAGUGUUAAAAAUAA